CAUGGCGACACUCCGAAGAGAGUACGGAGAUUGGAAAUACGACCGUUUUUAACCGAGAAAAUAACCUCCUCUUCGCAUGUUACAAUGUGGUGGGGUUAACCAAAGCACGCACAGCCUUUUAUACGAUGUUUGCAGAGGCCAGUCUGUCCAUCUGGGGAUGGGGGGGUCUUGGAGUCGUGCUGUUCCUCGUCACCUUUGGACCCUUUGCCAUAUUCUACCUGGCCUUUUAUAUCUUCUGCUUCAUUGGAGGGGGCUUUGCGGUCACUCUGCUCUAUGGCAAGAUCAACUCCGAGAAGCACCUGGAAAAAUGCGAACAUUCUUACUUGCCAACCACACAGAUUGGUAUACUGAAGACAUUGGAUGAGAUGAAGCUGGAGAUGAAGCCUAUAAAGAUUGACAGGAGACUGACUGGCUCCAGCUUCAUAGAUGAACCACUACAACAGGUGAUCCAGUUUGCUCUGAGAGACUAUAUCCAAUACUGGUACUACACUCUGAGCGAGGAUGAGUCUUUCUUAUUGGAGAUCAGACAGACCCUGCAGAAUGCCCUCGUCCAGUUCUCCACACGGUCCAAAGAGGUGGACUGGCAGCCUUACUUCACGACUCGCCUGGUGGAUGACUUUGCCACCCAUUUACGUGUCUUUAGAAAAGCACAGGAUCGCCUCGCUGACAGAGAGGACAAGCAAAGAGACAUAACGGAGGAGCUGGUGGACUCGUUCUUCGAGGCUGAGGUGGAGAUGGAAAGGAAGAUUUGUCGAGACGUAGUGUGCACUUCACACAAAGAUGAAGAAGGUUUCCUUCGGGACUUGUGUGAGCUGCUUCUGUAUCUGUUACUACCUCCUGGAGAUUUCCACAACAAGAACAUGAGAUACUUCCUAAGGGAGGUGCUUGCGCGUGGUGUGCUGCUUCCUCUGAUCAACCAGCUGAGCGACCCGGACUACAUCAACCAGUUUGUCAUCUGGAUGAUACGGGACACGAGCUGUAACUAUGAAGCCUUCAUGAACAUCCUGAAGCUGACAGACAAGCCUGCUGAGCUGGAGGCUGUCAAGGACAAGGUGCUGGAGGAGCUGCAGUACCUCCGCUCCCUGGAUACAGCUGGAGAUGACAUCAAUGUGAUCAAGAACCAGAUUAACAGUCUUCUGUUUGUGAAGAAGGUGUGUGAGACCAGGAUCCAGAGGUUGCAGUCUGGCAAGGAGGUGGAUGCCUUGAAGCUGGCAGCCAACUUUGGCAAGCUGUGUGUUAUCCCUCUGGAUCACAUCCUCGUCCACAACAUAGCCCUGCAGUUCUUCAUGGACUUCAUGCAGGCUGCAGGGGCCCAGGCGGAGCUGUUUUUCUGGCUCACUGUGGAGGGCUACAGGGUGACGGCACAACAGCAGCUGGAGGCCAUGCAGGUCUGGCAGAAAGACGGUAAGAAGCAGCCCAGCGCCACCAAGGGGUUGCUGAAGGCCGCUGCACUGGGUGUCUACGAGCAAUACCUCUCCGACAAGGCGUCUCCCAGGGUGCAAGUGGACGAGGUGUCAGUGACAAAACUGGGGGAGAAGCUGCAGAAAGUUGAUGAUCCCACACCAGAGAUAUUUGAUGAAAUCCAGAGAAAGGUGUAUGACAUGAUGCUACGUGAUGAGCGCUACUACCCCUCCUUCAAGCAGAGCCCUCUCUACGUCCGCAUGCUAGCAGAGCUGGACAUGUUGAAAGAGCCGAGCUACCGGGGUUCUGAUGACGGCGAUGGAGAAUCUUUUAACGGCUCUCCCACAGGAAGCAUAAAUCUAUCUUUGGAUGACUUGUCCAACUCCUGCCAUGAUGAAUCUAUGCACCUACAUGCCUUCAUCUCCGACACAGGGGUUUGCAACGACCACGGUAAGACCUACGCGCUGUACGCCAUCACUGUGUUCAGACGCAACCAGGACGGAAGUGAGGACUGCUGGAAGACCUACCGCCGCUACUCGGACUUCCACGACUUCCAUAUGAGGAUCACUGAACAGGUGUUUUUUGAGAACCUGGCGUCGAUCCUCAAGCUGCCAGGAAAAAAGACGUUCAACAACAUGGACAGAGACUUCUUGGAGAAGAGAAAAAAAGACCUCAAUGCUUACCUACAGUUGCUGAUGAACCCAGAGAUGGUGAAGGCCUGCCCAACUCUGAUUCCUUAUGUCUAUGAUUUCCUAGAAAACAAGGCCUACAGCAAGGGCAAAGGAGAGUUUGCACGAAAGAUAGACACAUUUGUAAAUCCUUUGAGGAGCUCCAUGAGGAACAUGUCCAAUGCGGUGAAAGCCCUGCCAGACAGUCUGGCUGAAGGGAUGACCAAGGUGUCGGACAACAUGGGCCGCAUGUCAGAGAGACUGGGCCAGGACAUCAAACAGUCCAUAUUGAAGGUGCCUCCACUCCUCCCCAAGUCUGACAUUGACCCUGAGCACUGUCGAGUCUCCGCCCAGCUUGAUGACAAUGUGGACGAUAACAUCCCACUGAGGGUAAUGCUGUUGCUGAUGGACGAAGUGUUUGACCUCAAGGAGAAAAACCAGUGGCUGCGCAGGAACAUUAAGAACCUACUGCAGCAGCUCAUCAGAGCCACGUAUGGAGACACCAUCAACAGGAAAAUCGUUGAUCAUGUAGACUACUUGACGUCACCAGAGCAGGUGGCAGACUAUGUCAAGAAGUUCAGGGAUUCCUACUGGCCCAACGGUAUACUGGCUGAGACACCGCCCCGUCGGGACAAGAGCAUCCGCAUGAGGACACGAGUAGCUGCCAAGACCAGCCUGCUGGGUAUCAUGCCAGAUGAGCUGAAGCACAUCAUUGGAGCGGACACCACGAGAAAGGGCAUCCUGCGUGUCUUUGACAUGUUUCAGUACCAACCCAUGAACCGUCGGCUAGUUUACGUUUUCCUGGAGGGCUUCCUGGAGACAAUGUUCCCCCAGUACAAAUUCCCUGAGCUCUUUGUCAAGCUGCACUCCCGCUCGCCGCGCAUCCACAGAUACAGCCAGAAACUCAAAUCCUCCUCUCUAAAGAGGUGACAGGAAAGGACAGAAUCAACAGGACCAACUAGUCACACACAGACCUGAGAGCUAACAGUAAGAGCGGGGGGGGGGGCUUGACGUGAAUGUUGGGGUAUGUGUGUGCGUGAUUUCUGCCCUUCCACUUCCCUCACACACACUUUUUAGUGAAAACACUCCAAUUAUCCAGCUGAUUAUUUCUGUCAAAACAGAACUGAAGGAUGAACAGCACACACUCUGCCCUCCUCUCACUCUGUGAUACACACAUGCGCAAGACUAAACAUGGCAUUAUUUUCUUUUAGUUUCUAUAUUUCCCCCCUCCUUUUUGGACGUUUUAGUUGUGUUUAGCUUGAUCCUGGGCCAGUCUGUGCUGCUUUCAUGUGGUCCAGAGAGCAAGAGCACAGAUACCGUAUUGUUUUUAAAGUGCAGGAGUAGAUAGCAUAGACCCACACCUUGCCUUACCUUCCCGCUUCUGUCUUUUGGCCAGCUCGGUCUGCGAUCUCUGAACCGGCCCCUAAGCUGUAGUCAAAAUUACCCUCAUGCUGUAGACAUUUGAUCUGCAAAAGCUGCACACUUGUAAACAUGCAACAAUAUUUUGUUUUCAUAGCAACCAAAUAUGUCAAUAGCACUGGGUUAAAGAGGCGCUGUUUUUAAAAUGUGACUGAACAAAUAUGGGUUGAAAGGGUGAUUUUUAUUUCAUCUUUUCCAGCCUCAAUGCUUUUCUUGAAACAUUAUGAUACUGUUUGUUCUUGGGUUUUUUUUUGCUUUCCAAAGUGUUACAUCAUCUGUGCCGCCCACGAUCCUCAAAGAAUAGGCCACAUCCCCUUUAAUGCUACUUUUUAUAACCUGUGACGACCAAAGCUCAUGGUGUUCAUACGUUUGUGUGUGUGUGUGUGUGUGUGUGUACUGGUUUGAUGUUGGGAUACUCUGAACAUUACUGUGCUUCAUAUCGAUAAUCGUGAAGAAAGAGAACGCGAUCUUGACCUUUACUGACCAAAACGGUGAAGCAGUGAGGACAUACGAAGUGUGCUAUGGUUAUGGGAAGCUCAGCUCUGGCUGUCCAAGUGAACUAUCAAAGAAUGUACUCUCUGGUCUAGUCUUUAUUUGGCUCGUGUAGAAUUUGGUGUGUAUGUGUGUGUGCGUGCGUGCGUGCGUGUGUUUAGCACGAAGAUGCAACCCUCUUCAGUCAGAAACUGUGCCAGUGUGAGCUAGUGAACCAGCCUUAAAACUACAUACAGUAUAUACUGACCAAGAGACGCACGCUAGAGGUAGCUCUCCUUCACACGACUGAACGUUACAAGGAAAUCAACAUAGCGAUAUGGAGAUAUAUCCCUAAUCACUUUUAUUCAGAAAAAUGUCUUUAAUUUUGUGCAAUAUUUUUUUUUUCUUUAAUGCAUGUGCAUUUUGAAUCAUUGUAUACUUAAGAGUAACUCAUAUUGUUUUAAGAGUAGAGAACAUGAAAGAGGUUUCCCCAGAAAUGUCUUCUUAUCCCAACAACUUUACAUUCCGUUGUUGUAAAAGUACAAUGUUUAUUUUACAGACUUGUUUUAUAAGUCUGUUUUUUUUUUGUUUUGUUUUGGGUGUGUGGGGGGUGUUUUCCACUUAUCCCUUGCCCACUCAUGCAGCAUCUGUGUUUCGGGUCUCAAUUGGGCGGUGUUUGGGGGCGUUCUGUCACAGCCCGAUUAUUAGCUCAUUGGGCUAUAGCUAGCUCAGAGGCAGCCUCAAACACCUGCUUCUUUUUAACUCAUAAGUGGCGUUUUAUGCAUUCAAGCCUGUUCUGUUGAGUGUGAACAGAACUUUGUUAUGAAUCGACAUUUGUAGGGACCGCCCCCCCAAAUCAACCCCACCCCCUGACCAAUAGACUCACAGGAGAGCUGCGUCCUGUGACCAGUGCAAUCACCGCUAAUGAGCACUUACCGUAGCAACUGUGGGAGGGCCUCUCCCAUUGGCUGGACGGAGCCCCAUUCUGCAGCAGUCAUUGGAUGGAACUCCCUCGUCUGCUGUGAUUUGCUUACACUGAGCAGCCGUGGUGGACUCUGAUUGGCUGAGUAGGAGGACAUGAACUGGAGCCUCUCUUACUGGGAGGUGAAUAUUUUGUCCCCAUGGUGGAGGAGAUGUCACCUUUAACUUUCUGCACACCUCUCCAUACAGGAAGGCUUGUUGUUGUUUUUUUGUUUUUUAACCCCAGUAUAUAUGAAUCUAUUAUAAUGAAAAUUGUGCAUAUCUGUGUACAGUAUGUGUUAAUAGUGUGCCUAAAUGUACUGUCAACUCUAUUUUCAUAUUUUUCUUUAACCUAAAAAAAAAAGUCAAUCAGAAUGUCAUGAUCAUUUUACGCGACUGAAAAUGAUUUUAGGGUGUUUUUUUGCAUCAUGCUUAUCAAACUCUCCCUUGUGAGCAGUUGUGCUCAGAUCAGUAUAACACUAAUAAAAGUUAACUCAAACUAACUGACCCAGAGUGUGUAUGCUGUCUUCAGUGUUUUUGCAGGUGUUGUGGAGUAUGUAGCCACUGUAUUUGUUCAUAAAAACACUGCUAAUAUGACUGAAGUUUCUCCUGCAACUAAAGUAACAACAGAAACAUAAAAGGCAGCGUCCGGUGCAUAAUGCCCCGAUAUGACACUGGGCUUUAACUAAAAACAUUAUCUCCGUGCUUCCUGCUACAGUAUCGACAAUGACACAUUUUCUCGUUUUUCCUCCGUAUCAACAGUACAGACACAGCUUCUAAAUACAGAGCCAAAAUAACAAAACAUACCGGUCCACAAAUGUUCAGAUAGUCCUUCUUGUCCUUACCUUCCACUACAGUAUCUAGCUUAUGUAUGGCUACCUUUUGCACUGACAAAUAUUUAUCAUUCAACAUCAAAAAUACAUUUGUUUAAAAGCACUAAUACCAGUGAAAAGCUGCACUGCUUUAAUUUUCUUCUUUUUUGGUGUGUGUUUAUCUUAGAUG